AGACAGUCUAGCAAUCGAUCAUUAGGUACCUGACGAGCGUCAGCAAUUUCGAAAUAGUUUACGCCGAAGGAGUAAGGAAACAUCUCGAUCAGCUCCAAGAUGAAGUUCUUGUUCGUGACUAUUGCUCUAUUCGUCCUUGCCGUGGCCUUGGUAGCAGCCGCUCCAGCAGUCAAUGAUGAGUCAAUCCUAGGAGGGGAUGUGUACGAAGCCGAAGUUGACAGCUUCAACCCGCAGGAUCCGCAGGCUUUCCUGAAGCUGAAAAAGCUGAAGAAGCUGUUAUUCCUCGGCUAA